AUGGCAUCCAGGCAGCACCGCCUGCUGCUGGGCUGCGGCCUCUCCUUGCUCUUGGGCAAUCUCGUCUCCGCCGCGGGUCCCUUUCUGACCCAGAUCGAUAACCAGACAUGGGUUUUCGGCAAUGACCUGUGGAACGUCACCGAGGGUCCGAAUUAUGCGACGAAGCUGUACUCGUCCAUCCUGCCGGGCGAGGAUCUCGUUGGCACAGCCUACGGCCACUACUCUGACGUUGAUGGUGCCACCCUGCUCGAGUGGACCUCGGCUGCCAUCGUUGCCACUGGCGACGACUACAUUGACAUCGCCUUCUCGUCCACCGAGGUUGACCUGCACUGGGUGGUCUUUGACGACCUGCAGGGUGCGUACCAGUACGUGGUCAACAAGGCCACGCCUUGGAUGGAGAUCCUCCGUACGCUGUGGCGCCUCAACCCCGACAUUUUCCUCAACGGCCGUACCAACAUCAAGGAUGACAUCCUGCCCCCGUUUUACCUGUACGCCAACGCCACCGAGGUCCAGGACGAGACCUUCGAGCUGGCCAAUGGGACCUACAUUACCAAGUACGACUGGUCCAACUUCGUUCGCUUUAGAGACUUCUAUGGUAUCUAUGGGCCGGACGUGGUUGGCUCGUGGUGGGUGCAUCCAUCUACUGAGUACUUUACUGGCAACCAACUCAGCCAGACUCUGACGGUCCAUCGAGAGUCGGCAACAGGAGACUCGGUCCAGCUGAACGUGUUCCAAGACACGUCACACUUCCGCGUGGGCAAUGAUACACUUGCUCCAGUGGGCAAGAUCUGGGGCCCGUGGCUGUGGUACCUGAACAACGGGUCCAAAGAGGACGUGGAACAGCGGCGCCUCCAGGAGCUCGAGAAAUUCCCCUACGCCUGGCUCAACGACACCGCAUACCAGUCCCGCGGCGAGAUCACUGGCACCCUUACUCUGAGCGACGGGCGCCCUGCUGCUGGCGCAUCCGUCUUUCUUGGCGAUACUGAUACGUCGAUCCGUCCGCUGAUCCAGGGCACCAACUACUACUACACCACCCAGGCCGCCUCUGACGGGUCUUUCUCCUUCCCCAACGUGAGAACGGGCUCGUACGGUCUCUACGCCUGGUCUGAUGGAGGAGCGCUCGUAGACGUGUACACCAACGUCACAGUGACCCCAAUCGCCGUAGAGGCAGGGCAGACAACAGCGCUGGGCGAGGUGGCAUGGGCGCUUCCCACUGGGCACACUGAGAUCUUCCGCCUGGGCGACUUUGACAAGAAUGCCACCGAGUUCGUCAACGGCGGGCUUCCCUACCAGUUUGCCAUCACCACCCUCAGCCCGGCCAAUUUGACGUUUAUCAUUGGGGAGUCGAAUGUCUCGACGGACUGGUACUAUGCCAUUUCGGACCUGGGCACGUGGACCAUCCAGUUCGAGAUCGAUGCGGCAGACCUGGCGAGCUAUGGGGCCAACGGGACGGCACUGCUGAGCGUGUCUCUUGCGGGCUACUCGGAGAGCCAGGCGCUGGACAUUGAUGUCAAUGGGAACCUGCUGGGUUCACUGAACAAUGAUGUCCUGGCAAAUGAUCCGGCCCUGUACCGUUCAAGCAGGAUUAGUGGCGAGUGGCGCUUUCUCCAGUACGAGAUUGACCCUGCGCAGCUGGUUGCCGGCACCAACACCAUUGGAUUUACCAUUACGAGAUAUACAGAAUGGCGAGGCUUCAUGUGGGAUAGCAUCUUCUUAGAGUGGCAGAACUAA